AUGACAGAAGUCGAAAUGGCAAACGAUGCCGGAGCAGCAUCGGGCUCCAAACAGGAAAGACUUCCCAUCACCGUCUCCAAGCCAACCCCAUACACCUUCGACCUCGGCUACCUGAUGGUUAACGACCCAAAUCCACUCGAGCUCCCACAAGGCGAGCCGCUGAACAGCUCACUGAAAGCGACAGCCCGCGACGGCGCGCAGAGCCUGCUCAACCAACUGCUGACAACAUGCGAGAUCAAGUCGUCCGUGCAAGAUGGCGUGCUCCUCAGCCUACCAGCACCAGCGACCAUGCUGCCGCGGCACAAGCCGCUGCCGACGCCGAAGCCGCCCACGAAGUGGGAGCUGUUUGCACGCAAGAAGGGGAUCGGCAAAUACAACACCAAGCCCGGGGCGGCGUUGGCGGACAAGGAGCGGCGCAAGAAGCUGGUUUAUGACGAGGCAUCCGGUGAGUGGGUGCCGCGCUGGGGGUACAAGGGGAAGAACAAGGCGGAGGAUGAUCAGUGGCUUGUGGAGGUCCCCGAGAAGGACUGGAAGAAGGAGGAGGAUGCUGCUGCUAAGGGGAGCUCGAUUCGGGGCAUGUCGAGGACUGAGAGGAAGGACCGCAUUAAGAGGAAUGAGCGGAAGAUGCGGUCUAAUGACCGCCGGGCUAAGAAGGGAGGUGCUUGA